CUUAUUCGAAAAGAUCCAGACCUUUAGAAAAUAGGGUCCAUAAUUCUUUGAGCCUGGCUUUUAGAAAAGAUCCGAGACGCUGAAACCUGAAAUUGGCUUCGCAAAAGCCCGAAGCGGACAUCAACGAAGGGCAUUCCGCAUUCCCGCCGACACCAUAAACACCCCAAGACGAACUGGCACAUCACCAAAAAAUAGAGCCAUCUCUCUCUCUCAUAUUAGUCUCUUCGAUCCUUCUCCUCUAAUACACAACACAACACAACACAAUCCACCAUGACAGGCACUACUCCUGCUGACAAUAAUAAUGGCGACAACAACAACAACUCGUGCAGCGCUUUGGAUCUGUCGUGGCUGAGCGAGUCCGUGAUGGAAGCCGCGCUCGACAACAAGAACCUCAGUCUCAAUGAUGUGGGACAUUUUCACGAGUCGCUACGAGCCGCUGAAGAAUUUGGGUCCAUGGAACACGAUGUCUCGGAACGAUUGCAUCAAAAGAUUGAACAUCGCAAGGAAACUCUCUUGUCGAAAAUGGUAGCACACGAGACAAUCCGUGUCACCAAGAGUCUCGGUUUGUUUGGAAUUCUCAAAACGCACAAAACGUGGAAACAGGUCCAUUUCAUGGCCGACAUGCACGGACAGGGUGCCUACAUUGCCAUGGCUGAAUUCCAGGGAUUGGGCAAUGACGAGAUUGCCAAGGCGUUGGGGAGUUUUCACGAAUAUCUCCAAACCCAUGAACCGGGUCAAUUGCCCUUUACACCUCCAGAAGAAGCCAAGGAGUUUGAUGAACGAGCCAGGGCGUUGGUCGAAACCAAAGUCAAGGAGAAACUGUGUCAGGCAUACCGGCGACUCCACAAGAGUCUCAUGGAUGCCGAAUUGGGAGGAUACAAAAAGGAAUUCCUCAAUGAAACCGUGCUGCAUACUCCCGAAGAACUGGUCAUUAUGUUUGGUGUCACGGGAAAUGUAGAAGAUGAUGCGGAAGAAGAAAAGGAAAUGCUAGCGGCGGAUCAGUCGGAUGAUGAGGUGUAAGGUGAUGCUUGAUUUUCCAUGUCUUCUUUUGCACUUGCCUUCUUGGUGGUCCUGAGUUGAAUGAACCAUUCAAUCGAAUCGGGGAAUCGAAUCCAUUUUCACGUUGCUUCGUCGUUGGGUCGUUUGCAACAUUUAUUUGCAUGCAUUACAUUCCGCUUUUAAACCUACACAACAAAAGGAAAUGAUACCGGUUACUUCAUAUUGUUCUAUUUGCUAGCUAAAUGUUCGGCUUGUCAGAUGAGACG